AUGUGUGGCCAUUCUGUCCGGGUGGACACUCGUUCUGGCCCAUUUGACAGAGAGACAAAGACAACACAGACCCCGCACCAUUCUCUCUCCUCUGUCCUCCUUUCUUCCAUGGAAACCUUCGAGAUAUUCGCCGGAGUUUGGCUCGCCUCAUGGACUGCCGCCGUCGCCCACGCAUGGAGGCACCCGUCGCCGCAGCCUCUCUUUUUUUCACACCUGCCGGAAGUCGCCGGAGGCGAAACGAGCUCUGGGCCGCCGGACUCGACACCGACGAGGAAGACGACGGCGGAGGCCUGGACGGAGCGGAAGAAGGGGAGGAGAUCGGCGACCGCGGCUCAGAGCUUGGGGACGAACUCGUGUGCACCCUGCCAGCCGCCACGCGCGCGUGAAGAGGCGUCCCGCACCACCCGCGCUGCUGCAGAGCCGGCCGCGCCCCGCCAAGACGCAAGCCUCCCCGCGCGCCCAGGCCAAGACGCGAGACGCCCCGCGCCAUCUCGCGCCGCGGCAAUCGCCGCGACCACCGCCCCGCGCGCGCUGCGAGCCGGCCGCGCCCCGCGCGCCCAGGCCAAGACGGAGCCACCCCGCGCGCCAUCUCGCGCCGCGGCAACCGCCGCGACCACCGCCCGCGCCGCUGCAGAGCCGGCCGCGCCCCGCGCGCCCAGGCCAAGACGGGAGCCACCCCGCGCGCCAUCUCGCGCCGCCCCGCGCGCCCAGGGCCGCGCCACCUCGCGCCAUCCCGUGAGCCUCGCAGCUCCUCAAGAUGGCGCGGCCCAGCUGCACGCCUCGCUCCCGCGCCUCGCCUCCCGGGCCUCGUGCGCCACCGGCGGCGCACGCCCCUCGCCACGACGCCGGCCGCGAGGCCCUCCUCUUCUCGGUCUCGCUACACUCCGGCUCACCCGCGCGCCGGCCUCCUUCCAUGGCCCGCGCCCGCGGCGGCGAACGAGGGCGGCGCCCGCGACGACGAACGGGGCCGCGCCCGGGCGGCGAACGGGCCUGCGUUGA